CCCCGCAACCCCCCUCCGCUCGCCCCUCUUCCGCGCGCCACGCUCGGAGAUCACUAGUCAUCCCCGACGCGGAUGCUUCUCUCCCCCUCGCCCCUUUCGCUCGCGGUUUGGGAGGAGGAGGUAGCGAGCGAGAAGAGACAGGGGGAGACCAAUGUGGGGCUUGGCGGUGCGUUGGCGUGGGCUGUGAUGGGGAACCCUGAACAGCUACGCAGAGAGCAGUAGCGGCGGCGGCCGCAGCUCAGAGCAGACACGAGAGCCGACGCUACUCCCGGCAGGCUGCGCUGUGAUCGGGGCUGCGGAUUGGGAUCUCGAGCCCCAGUCUCUCUCCUCCCGCUGCCAUUCUCUUCCCGGCUCCCCUCCUCCGACUGCAAACCCGCGGCAGUGUCGGCAGCGUCCCGAGCGCCAAGCGCCGAGCGCCUCCGCUCGCUCUGUGCCCCAGUCCCUGCGAGCGCGCGGCGGGCACUGCGGCGGCAGCGGUUGGGUGUCCGGCUCGCCCUAAUCAAGAGCACUUGCAAAGAAAGACCACGGGGAAAGCGCCUGGUGGAACGGUGGAUCGCCAGCGGUGGCAAGGGAUGGAAGUAUGAUGUGAUGGAUAUAAUUAUGGGACUCUGUGUGGGUACACGACCUCCUUCUUCUUGCCUCGUCCUCCUGCUUCUCAAGCUUUUGGCCACUGUAUCCCAAGGGCUGCCAGGGACUGGACCGCUGGGCUUCCACUUCACUCAUUCCAUUUAUAAUGCGACAGUGUAUGAGAACUCCGCCGCAAGGACCUACGUCAGCAGCCAGAGUAGAAUGGGCAUCACCUUAAUAGAUCUGUCCUGGGAUAUCAAAUACAGAAUAGUGUCCGGAGACGAGGAAGGCUUUUUCAAAGCAGAGGAAGUCAUCAUUGCAGAUUUCUGUUUCCUCAGAAUAAGAACUAAAGGUGGCAAUUCUGCCAUCCUGAAUAGGGAAAUUCAGGACAAUUAUUUAUUGAUUGUAAAAGGUUCUGUCAGAGGAGAGGAUUUGGAAGCAUGGACCAAAGUAAAUAUCCAGGUUUUAGAUAUGAAUGAUCUGAGGCCCCUGUUUUCACCCACAACCUACUCUGUUACAAUAGCAGAAAGCACACCUCUGAGGACUAGUGUCGCCCAGGUGACAGCAACAGAUGCAGAUAUUGGUUCCAAUGGAGAAUUCUACUACUACUUCAAAAACAAAGUUGAUCUCUUUUCAGUUCACCCCACGAGUGGUGUUAUCUCUUUAAGUGGACGGCUAAACUAUGACGAAAAGAAUAGGUACGAUUUGGAGAUUUUGGCUGUGGACCGGGGAAUGAAACUCUACGGUAACAAUGGAGUGAGCAGUACUGCCAAGCUUUAUGUUCACAUUGAACGUAUAAAUGAACACGCCCCAACCAUCCACGUUGUCACUCAUGUUCCCUAUUCAUUAGGCAAAGAGCCGACAUAUGCGGUGGUGACAGUCGAUGACCAAGAUGAGGGGGCCAACGGAGAGAUUGAAUCUGUUUCCAUUGUGGCUGGGGAUCCUUUAGAUCAGUUCUUCCUGGCUAAGGAAGGAAAGUGGAUGAAUGAGUACAAGAUUCAGGAGAGGAAGCAGGUUGACUGGGAAAGCUUUGCCUAUGGCUACAAUCUCACCCUUCAAGCAAAAGACAAAGGGUCACCUCAGAAGUUUUCAGCACUAAAGACAGUUCACAUUACCAACCCUAGAAGAGACACUGUCCCAGUUAGAUUCGAAAAAGAGGUGUACGACGUGAGCAUAAGUGAGUUUUCUCCUCCCGGUGUUGUGGUUGCUAUCGUAAAAUUAAAUCCUGAACCUUUAGAUGUGGAAUAUAAAUUAUCUCCAAAUGAGGAUGCAGAGUACUUCAAAAUUAAUCCUCGGUCAGGUCUGAUUGUCACAGCACAGCCACUGAAUACCAUUAAGAAGGAGGUUUAUAAGUUGGAGGUGUCAAACAAGGAAGGAGAUUUAAAAGCACAAGUUACCAUCAGCAUCGAAGAUGCAAAUGACCACACCCCAGAAUUUCAGCAUCCACUGUAUGAUACUUUUGUGAAUGAAAGUGUUCCCGUGGGAACGAGCAUUCUUACUGUUUCAGCUUCUGAUAAGGAUAAAGGAGAAAAUGGGUACAUCACCUAUAGUAUUGCCAGCCUGAAUAUGUUACCAUUUGCCAUUAACCAGUUUACAGGUGUUAUUAGCACAACUGAAGAAUUGGAUUUUGAAUCCUCUCCUGAAACUUACAGAUUCAUCGUUAGAGCCUCUGACUGGGGUUCUCCAUACCGCCAUGAAAGUGAGGUAAAUGUGACCAUACGAAUAGGGAAUGUCAAUGACAACAACCCUCUCUUUGAAAAAGUGGCUUGCCAGGGAGUUAUUUCCUAUGACUUUCCAGUUGGUGGUCACAUCACCGCUGUCUCAGCAAUCGAUAUUGAUGAACUUGAGCUUGUAAAGUACAAAAUCAUUUCUGGAAAUGAUCUUGGCUUCUUUUAUUUAAACCCAGACUCUGGUGUUUUACAGCUUAAAAAGUCACUGAUGAAUUCUGGCAUUAAAAAUGGUAAUUUUGCCCUCAGAAUUACAGCAACUGAUGGAGAGAAUUUUGCAGACCCCAUGGCUAUUAACAUUUCAGUUCUCCAUGGGAAAGUGUCUUCAAAGAGCUUCAGCUGCAGAGAAACUCGUGUGGCUCAGAAACUGGCAGAAAAGCUACUUAUUAAAGCAAAAGCAAAUGGGAAAUUGAAUCUGGAAGAUGGAUUUCUUGACUUUUAUUCAGUUAAUAGACAAGGACCACAUUUCGACAAGUCUUUUCCUUCUGAUGUGGCUGUGAAGGAGGAUCUGCCGGUUGGUGCUAACAUCCUGAAGAUUAAAGCCUAUGAUGCUGACUCUGGCUUCAAUGGGAAGGUGCUAUUUACAAUAUCUGAUGGAAAUACAGAUAGCUGCUUUAAUAUUGACAUGGAGACUGGGCAACUUAAAGUGCUUAUGCCUAUGGAUCGAGAGCACACUGACCUCUAUCUCCUUAAUAUCACUAUCUAUGACUUAGGUAAUCCACAGAAAUCAUCAUGGAGGUUGCUGACCAUCAAUGUGGAGGAUGCUAAUGAUAACAGCCCAAUUUUUCUUCAAGACAGUUACUCAGUUAACAUUCUUGAAAGCUCAAGUAUUGGUACGGAGAUUAUUCAAGUGGAAGCCAGAGACAAAGACUUGGGUUCUAAUGGUGAAGUGACUUACUCAGUCUUGACAGAUACACACCAGUUUGCCAUCAAUAGCUCAACUGGCAUCAUUUAUGUUGCUGACCAAUUGGACAGGGAAUCCAAAGCAAACUAUUCUUUGAAAAUUGAAGCCCGAGACAGGGCAGAAAGUGGCCAGCAGCUGUUUUCGGUGGUCACUCUUAAGGUUUUUUUGGAUGAUGUCAAUGACUGCUCCCCAGCUUUCAUUCCGAGUAGCUAUAGUGUGAAGGUACUUGAAGAUCUCCCUGUUGGCACUGUCAUAGCUUGGCUGGAGACCCAUGAUCCAGAUCUUGGAUUGGGGGGUCAGGUGCGUUACUCUUUGGUCAAUGACUAUAAUGGGAGAUUUGAAAUAGAUAAAGCAAGUGGUGCCAUUCGCUUGAGCAAAGAGCUUGACUAUGAAAAACAGCAGUUCUAUAACCUCACUGUUCGGGCCAAAGACAAAGGGAGACCUGUUUCUCUGUCAUCUGUUUCCUUUGUUGAAGUGGAAGUGGUGGAUGUCAACGAAAACCUACACACACCCUAUUUCCCAGACUUUGCUGUUGUUGGAUCUGUAAAAGAAAACUCACGCAUUGGAACAAGUGUGCUUCAGGUGACUGCCCGGGAUGAAGACUCUGGAAGGGACGGAGAGAUCCAGUACUCUAUCAGGGAUGGCAGUGGUCUUGGAAGGUUCAAUAUAGAUGAUGAAAGUGGGGUCAUCACUGCUGCAGAUGUUCUUGACCGCGAGACAACAGGGUCCUAUUGGCUGACGGUGUAUGCCACAGACCGGGGUGUGGUCCCACUCUACGCCACCAUUGAGGUCUACAUUGAAGUUGAAGAUGUGAAUGACAAUGCCCCACUGACCUCGGAACCUAUUUAUUAUCCUGUUGUCAUGGAAAAUUCUCCCAAGGAUGUAUCUGUCAUUCAGAUCCAGGCUGAAGAUCCAGACUCCAGUUCCAAUGACAAACUGACAUACAGGAUCACAAGUGGGAAUCCUCAAAAUUUUUUUGCCAUCAAUAUCAAAACAGGUCUGAUUACCACAACUUCAAGGAAAUUGGAUCGAGAGCAGCAGGCAGAGCAUUUUCUGGAGGUAACUGUGACAGAUGGUGGUUCUUCUCCAAAACAAUCAACCAUUUGGGUGGUGGUUCAGGUUCUGGAUGAAAAUGACAACAAGCCCCAGUUCCCUGAGAAGGUUUACCAGAUCAAACUGCCAGAACGUGACCGAAAGAAAAGAGGAGAACCCAUCUACAGGGCUUUUGCCUAUGAUAGAGAUGAGGGACCCAAUGCAGAAAUCUCGUACAGUAUUGUGGAUGGAAAUGAUGAUGGAAAGUUCUUCAUUGACCCUAAAACUGGCAUGGUAUCCUCCAGAAAGCAAUUUACAGCAGGGAGUUAUGAUAUCCUAACGAUCAAGGCCGUGGACAAUGGCCGCCCACAGAAAUCCUCCACUGCCCGCCUGCACAUUGAAUGGAUUAAGAAACCACCCCCUUCACCUAUACCACUGACCUUCGACGAGCCAUUUUAUAACUUCACAGUCAUGGAAAGUGAUAGAGUAACCGAGAUUGUGGGGGUGGUGUCUGUACAACCAGCCAACACCCCUCUGUGGUUUGACAUAGUUGGUGGCAAGCAUGCUCGAGAGAUGUUCUAUAUUCUACAGACAGCUUGUGGGCAGAACUGUUCAACAGAAGGAGGGAAUUUUGACAGCUCUUUUGAUGCAGAGAAGGGUGUUGGGACAAUUGUCAUUGCAAAACCUUUGGAUGCAGAACAGAGGUCCAUCUAUAACAUGAGUGUGGAAGUCACCGAUGGGACAAAUGUUGCUGUCACUCAGGUAUUUAUUAAAGUGCUGGAUAACAAUGAUAAUGGCCCAGAAUUCUCUCAGCCUCAUUAUGAUGUGACGAUUUCUGAGGACGUGCUUCCGGAUACAGAGAUAUUGCAGAUUGAAGCCACAGAUAGAGAUGAGAAGCACAAGCUGAGCUACACUGUCCACAGCAGCAUCGACUCCAUCAGCAUGAGAAAGUUCCGGAUCGACCCCAGCUCUGGUGUGCUCUAUACUGCUGAGAGACUAGAUCAUGAAGCCCAGGACAAGCAUAUUCUCAAUAUAAUGGUCAGAGAUCAGGAGUUUCCUUAUCGAAGAAACUUAGCCCGAGUCAUUGUGAAUGUGGAAGAUGCUAAUGAUCACAGUCCUUAUUUUACCAACCCACUAUAUGAAGCAUCCGUGUUUGAGUCGGCUGCUCUGGGAUCAGCUGUUCUGCAAGUGACGGCUCUGGACAAAGACAAAGGGGAAAAUGCAGAACUCAUAUAUACCAUAGAAGCAGGGAACACUGGAAACACAUUUAAGAUCGAGCCAGUCCUGGGCAUCAUCACUGUUUCCAAAGAACCAGACAUGACAACGAUGGGUCAGUUUGUCCUGUCAGUCAAAGUCACAGAUCAAGGUUCCCCACCAAUGUCUGCCACUGCAAUUGUGCGCAUUUCCGUCACCAUGUCUGAUAACUCUCACCCCAAGUUCACUCAUAAAGACUACCAAGCUGAAGUAAAUGAAAAUGUGGAUAUUGGAACCUCGGUCAUUCUAAUCUCUGCCAUCAGUCAGUCUACCCUCAUUUAUGAAGUCAAAGAUGGAAACACUGGUGGGGUCUUUACCAUAAAUCCAUAUUCUGGAGUCAUCACCACUCAGAGGGCUCUGGAUUAUGAGCGUACUUCCUCUUACCAACUCAUCAUUCAGGCCACUAACAUGGCAGGAAUGGCUUCCAAUGCCACCGUCAAUAUUCAGAUUGUUGAUGAAAAUGACAAUGCUCCAGUUUUUCUCUUCUCUCAAUACUCAGGCAGCCUAAGUGAGGCUGCCCCAGUCAAUAGCAUUGUCAGGAGCUUGGAUAACAGCCCACUGGUAAUUCGAGCCACCGAUGCUGACAGCAAUCAGAAUGCACUACUCGUGUAUCAGAUUGUGGAGUCUACAGCCAAGAAGUUCUUCACAGUGGACUCCAGUACAGGUGCAAUCAGAACAAUUGCCAACCUGGACCAUGAGACCAUUGCCCAUUUCCAUUUUCAUGUGCAUGUGAGAGAUAGUGGUAGCCCCCAGCUGACUGCAGAGAGUCCUGUUGAAGUGAACAUUGAGGUUACAGAUGUGAAUGAUAACCCACCUGUUUUUACUCAGGCUGUGUUUGAGACUGUCUUACUUCUCCCCACCUAUGUUGGUGUGGAGGUCCUGAAAGUUAGUGCCACAGACCCUGACUCUGAGGUGCCUCCUGAACUGACAUACAGUCUAAUGGAAGGCAGCUUGGAUCAUUUUUUAAUUGACUCCAAUAGUGGAAUACUCACCAUAAAAAACAACAACCUCUCCAAAGAUCACUACAUGCUGAUAGUUAAAGUGUCUGAUGGAAAGUUCUACAGCACAUCCAUGGUCACCAUCAUGGUUAAAGAAGCCAUGGAUAGUGGCCUUCACUUUACACAAAGUUUUUAUUCCACCUCAAUCUCAGAGAACAACACUAACAUAACCAAAGUUGCUAUUGUCAAUGCAGUUGGAAACCGCCUUAAUGAGCCCUUAAAAUAUAGCAUCUUAAACCCAGGAAAUAAAUUCAAGAUAAAAUCUACCUCAGGAGUCAUUCAGACCACUGGAGUCCCCUUUGACCGUGAAGAACAAGAAUUAUAUGAGUUGGUGGUGGAAGCCAACCGUGAACUAGACCAUCUACGUGUGGCUAGAGUAGUGGUCAGGGUUAACAUUGAAGACAUCAAUGACAAUUCUCCAGUCUUUGUGGGUCUCCCUUACUAUGCUGCUGUGCAAGUUGAUGCUGAGCCAGGGACUCUUAUAUACCGGGUAACAGCCAUUGACAAAGAUAAAGGUGCAAACGGAGAAGUGACCUAUGUCCUACAGGAUGACUAUGGCCACUUUGAAAUUGAUCCAAAUUCAGGGAAUGUUAUUUUAAAAGAAGCAUUCAAUUCUGACUUGUCCAACAUUGAGUAUGGAGUCACCAUCUUAGCCAAAGAUGGUGGAAAACCCUCUUUGUCCACAUCUGUGGAACUUCCCAUCACCAUUGUCAACAAAGCAAUGCCUGUGUUUGAUAAGCCCUUUUAUACAGCUUCCAUCAAUGAAGACGUGAGAAUGGACACUCCCAUUCUAAGCAUCAAUGCUACCAGUCCAGAAGGCCAAGGCAUCAUAUAUAUUAUUAUUGAUGGGGAUCCUUUUAAACAGUUUAACAUUGACUUUGACACGGGGGUCCUGAAAGUUGUGAGUCCUUUGGAUUAUGAAGUUACACCUGUUUACAAAUUGACAGUAAGAGCUAGUGAUGCCCUUACUGGUGCCAGGGCGGAGGUCACGGUCGACUUGCUAGUUAAUGAUGUAAAUGACAACCCUCCUAUUUUUGAUCAGCCUGCCUACAAUACAACAUUAUCAGAAGCAUCUCUCAUUGGGACACCCGUUUUGCAAGUUGUCUCUACUGAUGCAGAUUCAGAAAACAAUAAAAUGGUGCAUUAUCAGAUUGUGCAGGAUACAUACAACAGCACAGAUUAUUUUCACAUCGACAGUUCAAGUGGCUUAAUCCUGACAGCAAGGAUGCUGGACCAUGAAUUGGUGCAACACUGCACUUUGAAAGUCAGAGCAACAGAUAGUGGCUUCCCCUCACUGAGCAGUGAGGUUCUAGUUCAUAUCCACAUCUCUGACAUAAAUGACAACCCUCCAGUGUUUAAUCAGCUAAUUUAUGAAUCAUAUGUGAGUGAACUAGCCCCCCGGGGUCAUUUUGUAACCUGUGUACAAGCCUCAGAUGCAGACAGUUCGGACUUUGACCGGUUGGAAUAUAGUAUUUUAUCUGGGAAUGACCGGACAAGCUUUCUGAUGGACAGCAAGAGUGGCGUCAUCACACUGUCCAACCACCGAAAGCAGCGGAUGGAGCCGCUGUACAGUCUCAAUGUGUCUGUUUCUGACGGGUUGUUCACCAGCACUGCACAGGUGCACAUCAGGGUACUGGGAGCUAACUUGUACAGCCCUGCCUUCUCACAAAGCACAUAUGUAGCUGAGGUGAGAGAGAAUGCAGCUGCUGGGACAAAGGUAAUUCAUGUGCGAGCCACAGAUGGGGAUCCUGGAACAUAUGGGCAGAUCAGCUAUGCCAUCAUCAAUGACUUUGCCAAGGAUCGAUUCCUCAUAGACAGCAAUGGACAGGUCAUCACUACAGAAAAACUAGACCGGGAAAACCCUCUAGAAGGAGAUGUUAGUAUCUUUUUGAGGGCCCUUGAUGGUGGUGGGAGAACAACUUUCUGCACUGUGAGGGUGAUUGUGGUGGAUGAAAAUGACAAUGCUCCCCAGUUCAUGACAGUGGAAUACAGAGCCAGUGUCAGGGCAGAUGUUGGAAAGGGCCACUUGGUCACCCAAGUUCAAGCCAUGGACCCAGAUGAUGGAGCCAAUUCAAGGAUUACUUAUUCCCUAUAUAGUGAGGCCUCUGUCUCAGUGGCUGACCUCCUGGAAAUUGAUCCUGACAAUGGCUGGAUGGUUACAAAGGGCAAUUUUAACCAGCUGAAAAAUACAGUGCUGUCAUUCUUUGUCAAAGCAGUAGACGGGGGCAUUCCAGUAAAGCACUCCCUCAUCCCUGUCUAUAUCCACGUCUUGCCCCCUGAAACAUUCUUGCCUUCAUUCACCCAGUCUCAGUACUCUUUUACCAUUGCAGAAGAUACAGCCAUUGGAGGCACCGUGGACACCUUGAGGAUUUUGCCCAGUCAGAAUGUCCAGUUCAGCACAGUUAAUGGGGAACGACCAGAGAAUAACAAAGGGGGUGUCUUCAUCAUAGAACAGGACACAGGCACAAUCAAGCUUGACAAGCGCCUUGACCAUGAAAUUACACCAGCUUUUCACUUUAAAGUAGCAGCCACUAUACCCCUGGACAAGGUAGACAUUGUGUUUACUGUGGAUGUAGAUAUCAAGGUAUUGGAUUUGAAUGACAACAAGCCAAUCUUUGAGACGUCAAGCUACGAGACCAUCAUAAUGGAAGGGAUGCCUGUCGGCACCAAACUCACACAGGUGAGAGCUAGCGAUAUGGAUUGGGGAGCCAAUGGGCAGGUCACUUAUUCCCUCCACUCAGAUUCCCACCCCGAGAAGGUAAUGGAAGCCUUCAAUAUUGACAGCAACACAGGCUGGAUCAGUACCUUGAAGGACCUGGAUCAUGAGACAGACCCUGCAUUCUCCUUCUCCGUGGUGGCCUCUGACCUUGGAGAGGCAUUCUCUCUUUCUUCCACAGCCUUGGUCUCUGUCAGAGUGACAGACAUAAAUGACAAUGCACCAGUCUUUGCCCAUGAGGUGUACCGAGGGAACGUGAAGGAGAGCGACCCACCAGGCGAGGUGGUGGCUGUCCUCAGCACCUGGGACAGGGACACUUCUGACAUCAAUCGCCAAGUGAGCUACCAUAUUACAGGAGGUAACCCCCGAGGAAGGUUUGCCCUGGGCCUGGUGCAGAGUGAGUGGAAGGUAUAUGUGAAGAGACCUUUAGAUAGAGAAGAACAGGACAUUUACUUUCUCAAUAUCACCGCCACGGAUGGGCUCUUUGUCACACAGGCCAUGGUGGAGGUGACCGUCAGUGAUGUAAAUGACAAUAGCCCAGUGUGUGAUCAGUCUUCAUAUACAGCAUUAUUCCCCGAAGAUAUUCCAUCAAAUAAAAUCAUACUGAAGGUCAGCGCCAAGGAUGCCGACAUUGGAUCCAAUGGAGAUAUACGAUACUCACUCUAUGGAUCUGGAAGCAAUGAAUUUUUUCUAGAUGCAGAAAGUGGUGAGUUAAAAACCUUGUCUCUAUUGGACCGGGAGAGAGUCCCAGUGUACAACCUCAUCAUCAGGGCCACUGAUGGAGGUGGCAGGUUCUGCCAGUCCGACAUCCACCUGGUUCUAGAAGACGUGAAUGAUAAUCCCCCUCUGUUUUCUUCUGACCACUACAACACCUGUGUCUAUGAGAACACAGCCACCAAGGCUCUGUUGACCAGAGUGCAAGCUGUAGACCCCGACAUCGGCAUCAACAGGAAGGUUGUUUACUCUCUAGCGGACUCAGCCAACGGGUUCUUCUCCAUUGACAGUUCAUCUGGCAUCAUCAGCCUGGAGCAGCAACUGGACCGAGAGCAGCAGUCUUCUUACAACAUCACUGUGCGGGCCACUGACCAGAGUCCUGGACAGUCCCUUUCCUCUUUUGCCACAGUCACCAUCACUGUCCUGGACAUUAAUGACAACCCGCCUGUGUUUGAGAGGAGGGACUACCUGGUAACUGUGCCUGAGGACACCUCCCCUGGCACCCAAGUCCUUGCUGUUUUUGCCACCAGCAAAGAUAUUGGCACCAAUGCUGAGAUUACAUAUCUCAUCCGGUCUGGGAAUGAGCAGGGGAAAUUUAGAAUCAACCCAAAGACAGGGGGUAUUUCUGUCUCAGAAGUCCUGGACUAUGAAUUAUGCAGAAAAUUCUACCUAGUGGUAGAAGCUAAAGAUGGGGGCACCCCAGCUCUCAGUGCUGCGGCCACUGUGAGCAUCAAUCUCACAGAUGUGAAUGACAACCCUCCCAAGUUCAGUCAAGAUGUUUACAGUGCUGUCAUCAGUGAAGAUGCCUUGGUGGGAGAGUCUGUCAUUCUGCUAAUAGCAGAAGAUGUAGACAGCCAGCCCAAUGCACAGAUUCAUUUUUCCAUUGUAAGUGGAGAUCGGGACAAUGAAUUUGCAGUGGAUCCUCUUUUGGGACUUGUAAAGGUUAAGAAGAAACUGGAUCGGGAACGGGUAUCUGGAUACUCACUGCUUGUCCAGGCAACAGACAGUGGUGUUCCUGCAAUGUCAUCAACUGCAACUGUCAACAUCGAUAUCUCUGACGUAAAUGACAACAGCCCAGUGUUUACACCUGCCAACUAUACUGCUGUGAUUCAGGAAAAUAAGCCAGUAGGCACCAGCAUCUUGCAGCUGGUGGUAACAGACAGGGACUCCUUUCACAAUGGGCCUCCCUUCUCCUUCUCCAUUUUGUCGGGAAAUGAAGAGGAAGAGUUUGUGUUGGACCCUCAUGGGAUCCUUCGGUCAGCAGUGGUCUUCCAGCACACGGAAUCUCCAGAAUAUGUGCUCUGUGUCCAGGCAAAGGACUCAGGAAAGCCACAGCAAGUUUCUCAGUCCUACAUUCGCGUGAGGGUCAUUGAAGAAAGUAUCCACAAGCCCACAGCCAUUCCUUUGGAAAUUUUCAUUGUCACCAUGGAGGAUGACUUUCCUGGUGGGGUCAUUGGGAAGAUCCAUGCCACAGAUCAAGACAUGUAUGAUGUGCUCACGUUUGCCCUGAAAUCAGAACAGAAAAGCUUGUUCAAAGUGAAUAGUCAUGAUGGAAAAAUCAUUGCCCUGGGUGGCCUGGACAGUGGCAAGUAUGUUCUGAAUGUGUCUGUGAGCGACGGACGCUUCCAGGUGCCCAUUGAUGUGGUCGUACAUGUGGAACAGCUGGUGCACGAGAUGCUGCAGAACACUGUCACCAUCCGCUUUGAGAAUGUGUCCCCUGAGGACUUUGUGGGAUUGCACAUGCAUGGGUUCCGGCGCACCCUGCGGAAUGCAGUCCUCACCCAGAAGCAGGAUAGCCUGCGUAUCAUCAGCAUCCAGCCCGUGGCAGGCACCAAUCAGCUGGACAUGCUAUUUGCAGUGGAGAUGCACAGCAGUGAGUUCUAUAAACCAGCCUACCUGAUCCAGAAGCUGUCCAAUGCCAGGCGACACCUGGAGAAUGUCAUGCGCAUCUCAGCCAUCCUGGAAAAGAAUUGCUCAGGCCUGGACUGUCAGGAGCAGCACUGUGAGCAAGGCUUGUCACUGGAUUCCCAUGCACUCAUGACUUACAGCACAGCACGCAUCAGCUUUGUGUGUCCACGUUUCUACAGGAAUGUGCGUUGUACCUGUAACGGAGGACUAUGCCCAGGGUCCAAUGAUCCUUGUGUGGAGAAGCCGUGUCCGGGUGACAUGCAGUGUGUUGGUUAUGAAGCCAGCAGGAGACCCUUCCUCUGCCAGUGUCCACCCGGGAAGCUUGGAGAGUGCUCAGGGCACACUUCUCUCAGCUUUGCUGGAAACAGUUACAUCAAAUAUCGGCUUUCCGAAAAUAGCAAAGAAGAGGACUUCAAGCUAGCUCUGCGCCUGCGAACCCUGCAAAGCAAUGGGAUUAUAAUGUACACCAGAGCAAAUCCCUGUAUAAUUCUGAAGAUUGUGGACGGCAAGCUGUGGUUUCAGCUGGACUGCGGUAGUGGCCCUGGAAUCUUGGGCAUCUCCGGCCGCACUGUCAAUGAUGGGAGCUGGCACUCCGUCUUCCUGGAGCUCAACCGCAACUUCACGAGCCUUUCCUUAGAUGAUAGCUACGUGGAACGACGCAGGGCGCCCCUCUACUUCCAGACUCUGAACACGGAGAGUACCAUCUACUUCGGUGCCCUGGUGCAGGCAGACAACAUCCGCAGCCUGACCGACACGCGGAUCACGCAGGUGCUCAGCGGUUUCCAGGGCUGCCUGGACUCAGUGGUGCUGAACAACAAUGAGCUGCCUCUGCAGAACAAGCGCAGCAGCUUCGCAGAAGUUGUGGGCCUGACAGAGCUGAAGCUGGGCUGCGUGCUCUACCCUGAUGCUUGCGAGCGCAGUCCCUGUCAGCAUGGUGGCAGCUGCACAGGCCUGCCCUCUGGGGGCUACCAGUGUACCUGUCUCUCACAGUUCACGGGGAGAAACUGUGAAUCAGAGAUCACAGCCUGCUUCCCAAACCCCUGCCGUAAUGGAGGAUCCUGUGACCCAAUAGGAAACACUUUCAUCUGCAGUUGUAAAGCUGGACUCACCGGAGUCACGUGUGAGGAGGACAUCAAUGAGUGUGAGCGGGAGGAGUGUGAGAAUGGCGGCUCCUGUGUCAACAUGUUCGGCUCCUUCCUCUGCAACUGCACACCGGGCUUCGUGGGCCAGUACUGCGGGCUCCGCCCCGUGGUGGUACCCAACAUCCAGGCCGGCCACUCCUACGUGGGCAAGGAAGAGCUCAUCGGCAUUGCAGUGGUCCUCUUUGUCAUCUUCACCCUGGUCGUCCUCUUCAUCGUCUUCCGCAAAAAGGUCUUCCGCAAGAACUACUCCCGCAACAACAUCACUCUGGUGCAGGACCCCGCCACGGCGGCCCUGCUCAACAAGAGCAAUGGCAUCCCGUUCCGGAACCUGCGUGGCAGUGGGGAUGGCCGCAACGUCUACCAGGAGGUGGGGCCCCCGCAGGUGCCCGUGCGUCCCAUGGCCUACACCCCCUGCUUCCAGAGCGACUCCAGGAGCAACCUAGAUAAGAUCGUGGACGGACUGGGUGGAGAGCACCAGGAGAUGACCACGUUUCACCCAGAGUCUCCCCGCAUCCUGACAGCCCGGCGGGGUGUAGUCGUGUGCAGUGUGGCCCCCAACCUUCCAGCUGUGUCGCCCUGCCGCUCUGACUGCGACUCCAUUAGGAAGAAUGGCUGGGAUGCUGGAACCGAAAACAAAGGGGUUGAUGACCCGGGAGAAGUGACCUGCUUUGCAGGCAGUAAUAAAGGCAGCAACUCUGAAGUUCAAUCCCUCAGCUCCUUUCAGUCAGAUUCUGGUGACGACAAUGCAUCCAUAGUGACUGUCAUUCAGCUUGUCAACAAUGUAGUUGACACUAUAGAAAAUGAAGUGUCUGUCAUGGACCAAGGACAGAACUACAACCGAGCCUAUCACUGGGACACCUCUGACUGGAUGCCAGGAGCCCGCCUGUCAGACAUAGAGGAAGUGCCCAACUAUGAGAACCAGGAUGGAGGGUCUGCACACCAGGGCAGCACACGGGAAUUGGAGAGUGAUUACUACCUGGGCGGCUAUGACAUUGAUAGCGAAUAUCCACCCCCUCAUGAAGAAGAGUUCUUGAGUCAGGACCAGCUCCCCCCACCACUUCCUGAGGACUUCCCGGACCAAUAUGAGGCCCUGCCACCCUCCCAGCCUGUCUCACUGGCCAGCACACUGAGCCCAGACUGCAGGAGGAGGCCCCAGUUUCAUCCUAGCCAGUACCUCCCCCCUCACCCAUUUCCCAACGAAACGGAUUUAGUGGGCCCACCUGCCAGCUGUGAAUUUAGUACUUUUGCCAUGAGCAUGAACCAGGGCACAGAGGCCACAGGCCCAACAGACAGUGUGUCUCUGUCCUUGCACAAUUCCAGAGGCACCUCAUCCUCGGAUGUAUCGGCCAACUGUGGCUUUGAGGAUUCUGAAGUAGCCAUGAGUGACUACGAGAGUGUGGGGGAGCUCAGCCUCACCGGCCUCCACAUUCCCUUUGCAGAGACCCAGCACCAGACCCAAGUUUAGAGCACAUGUUGCAGGUGCUUUGCUCUUUUUGUCAUGGAAUAGUGGAAGGAGAUUGGCUGGGCAUGUGUCUCCACGGAGAGUGGACAAAUGGUAUUUUCCACGAGUAACUUCUUCAGGAGUCGUACUGUCACAAGCAAGCUUGGUUCUGAUCAGGUGAAAAGGAGAGCUCAGAAAUUGUUUCUGAGAAGGGAUUGAUAACCCUUGCAGGAGCACCUCAAUUCAUGGCUAAGAAUGCAAGGGGGGUGGGGGAAGAAUGACCUCAAAUGAAACAGGAGAUCUUGUAUGGUUCUGUGCAGUAUUAUGCCCUGGAAAGUGUGACAGCAUCAGCCCUUGCAGUAUUAAUAACUGGCAACAAUCAGGGAGGCAUUGUUGCAUGUAAUUUUGAGCCAAUGAAAUGAAAAUAGUAGUAAUGAUUGUUGGAAAAGUUAGUCUCUUAGGUGAAAGAAAAAGAGAAACAAAUAUUAAAUGAACAAAGAAAUGGGCUGAAGGCCUCUGAAAUCAAUUCUAUUUUUUUUAAUAAGCUGCCCAAUUUUCAGCUAUAAAAUUAGGUUUGAGUAACAUGAUUAGUAGGCUGAGUUAUUUUGUUUGUUUGUGUUAAGCAUCCAAUGUAACAUAGUUGGGUUUUAUGUUCUUUGAGGAAGUUAUCAAUGAAGAGCAAUAUGAGGCUGGUUGUUUCAUCUCGUGGGUUGGGAAGGUUAAUGCUAGAACAUUAGAAAGAAGAAGGUGAUUAUCUAGUUUUGUGUUUUCUAUUAAAUAUGCCUGCCAAAACUACAAUUCUAACAUUGAUGCAAAAAUUGGCUUCUGUUUAGAUAUUGUUCUCCAGAAUAAGAGAUAUUUAGAAAUUUAAAUAAAUUCACAAAUUUGGGGUGGGGGGGGGAAGAAAAUAUAUUUUCAAAUUUUCAGCCUGGAUAAUCACAAUUCUUGAUAAUGCAGAUAAAAGGAGAGUGAUUCUAAAUUGGUAGCAUCGUCAUUAUAAAUACAUUUAAAAAUAAGAAGGUAGAUUAGUUAUUGUGUAUAAAUUAUAAUAGCGUGUGUGUCUGGGCCUAUGUACAAAUAUGUGCUUGCACUCAAUAAGGCUGCUCUUGAGGAAAGCUAACAUGAAGGUUUUAGGAAAUGGACCAUGUUGAAAAUCCUGCCAGCGAGCAAGGUGUACCUUCCAAUUUUUCUGAUCUCUAUGAUGUUAGAGGAACACCAAAUGAUGUAUUUUACUCUGAUUCAGUUAACUUUAUUUUGGUACUGCCAUUUAUAUUAACUUAAAGCAAAACUGUGCUUUUUAAAAACAGUAUUUUAUAAUUUUCCAAAACUAACCUCAAUUUGAAAAAUGUGUAAUGUUUCUUUACACCCUGGGGGUUUCCUCCCAUCAGACAAUGUGGGCUUUGGCCAUGACUUUCCAAAAAUGACAGGAGAAUCAUUCCACUGGAAACACAUUAACCCAAUACUCAAAAGUUCAAGUUGACAGGUUGAGUGAUUUUCCUCUUUUGCUUCAAUCAGAUUAUGGCUACCCAUGCCGUGGUCAUGGUAAAUAAAUGCAUAUUUGCACUAUCUUGCUUAAUGAGCAAAUCUGUGUGUCCACCGUUUCUGAUGAUAUCUGGCAUUGGUGUGUAAAUUGUACUGUCCUGAGUCUGCAUGUCGUCCACACAGAUGUGUUUUUAGUUGUUUCAAUUGUGUUUAAUUCACUUACUUCUUUGUAGAACAAUCAGUGUUUCUGAACAUUUUUCAUAAAAAAAAAAUCCUUUUCAUUCCCAAACUUUCUAAGUGGAUAUACUUCACAGGCUUUUCAGCCUUUCUCUUCCUGUCUCUUGGUCAGAACUACUCGUGGAGGCAUUAAUCUACACUGUGGUCUUGAAAUAAAUGAAUUUCACUAAGGCUGCUAUGGAGAAUAAAGUCUUUGGUAUUUUUCUUAUGUAAGAAGCACAUUUGCAAGAAUCACUGAGAAAAUGACAAACUAAUGGUCUAGAAUUGAAUCACUGCUACCCUUUUAAUAAUGCAAUGACAUAAAAACCAUCAAAGUAAAACUAACAAUUCAUUUCUUGCCCCCAGGAAAUAUUAGAAGGAGAUUAAUGCAGAUGAGUCACUACUGCUUACACAGCACCUCUUCCAGGGGGAAUGCCUGACUGACACCAUAAUGAAGGCAUAAAUAGAUCCUAAUGCAGUUGUGAAGUCACCAAAGAAAAUUGUGCCCACCCUUGGCUGUGACCUAUAAUAAAUGCCUAUUUCUUAAGGGUAUAAUGCCCUGAUUCUCUGCAGAAUAUAUUGGCAGCUAAAUAUAUAACAGAGAAGCAAGUGUUAUAUUUUGAUCUGUUAUCUUUAAACACAUGAUAUCUCUUCAUUUUAUGGAAAAUUAGAUUUUUCUGUAAAUUACACAGUGGUUUGCAGUCAGGCCAAGGUAGAACCAGAUCGGUCACCACUGAUUCAAAGAGCUGGAAGGGUCCUAAAGAUUUGUAGUUCAACUGUCAUAAACAUGUAAUAUAAACAUACCGAGAGUGGAGAAGAGACUUGCCCAGGCUCACACAGGAAGUUAAUGAGAUGAACAAGGACCAGAACCCAUUCAUUUAACCAAUAUUCUCUUUUCGUUGUUCACCACUAAGCUGCCUGGAGCAUGGCAGCCUCUUGCUUCUGAUGAACCCUCUGACUUCCUAUCAUUCCUUCUUUGGAAUAUGCAAGAAAAGAAAACUCAUGGAAAAUAUUUCUCUGGAAGUUUCACAAUCUUGUUUCCUUGAACCAACCUCAGAAAGGUAUUCUAAGCAGAAUUCAUACAUUUCUCUGGAAAUUCAUCAAAAUGCUGCUUUUGCCAAAUGAAUGUUUUUCAAAUGGGGAUGAUAAGUGCAGAGGUGAACUCAGAUCAGUCAUAGGUUUACCUACUAGGUGCAUUUUUUUUUGUUAUUGUUUUUAUUUGUUUAUUUUUCUUCCCACCAGCACUGGCUGCUGUUUGUUUCUACUCCCUCCACCAUGAUGAACCAUGUGAAAAAUAUUUAAGCCAACUAGUGUCUUUUCCUUUUUUCUGACAUGCAUGUGCCACCUCCGGGAAGCCAUGUUCCACAACCUGUUGUAGGCACUUUACUUAUAUUGCACACAUUCUGGAUAGGUUGAGAGUAGCUGGACGGUUGGCAUCUGCCAUGCAAUAAGCAGGAGCUAUGAGGCAAUAAAAGAUGAAUAAAGUACGUGUUUAAUAUAUUUCCUUUCCUCUACGAGUAUUUUGCUGCUGAGUUCUGUUCCAUGCCAGCUUUCCCUGCAUCCUACUCAUUCGUUAAAUGCCAUGGUAGAAAAACUCAGUAAUGUAACUAGGUCAAAUCCACACAUCUGAGGUUCGACCUAUCAGAGAAUGUGUAAAGGACUGGAAAGGGAAUUUACUCUGGGAUUUUCCAGAAACUGUCCUUGGAAAUCACUAGUACAACCUGGGGACAAAAAAAAAAAAAAAAAAAAGAAAAAGAAAGGAAAAAAAAUCAAGUAGGACAUGUAGCUCACUGGCCUUCUUGCUUACUUUACAUCCCCCACCCCCACAAAUGCUGUGUCUGCAUCAUCAAAAUCAAGGGGUCUGAGCAAAGAGAUAAUCAACAUAAGCCAGUUAAGACCCAGAGGUCAGGUGUGUGUGAAGCAAUUCAGAAAGGUCUCAUUGUCAUUUUGGAUCAUCCAGAUAAUUAAUUGUGUGGCCUCUUCACUUUACUACCCUGUCAGUGCACAAAUACUGUUAAAGAGGUUAGGCUUUUAUGUUUGACCACUUUGAGUUCAAACCAUGGGAAAUGGUGAUUUGAAGAGGCAUUUCUUUACCAUCAUCAUUUUGUGUGAUCUGUGAGAAGGUGGUUAUGUGUUUUUGCUGGUUUGUGUCCCUACAACGUUCAACUGCACAUUAUUCUGAUGAAAACCCACAAUGUCUUUGAGCUUCUGGUUAUAUAAUACUGGGGUUUAAAGUCGCCACAUGUAGGUUUGGCAUCAGUUAAUUAUUUAGCCAGCUGGCUAAGAUAGGAAAAGAAUAAGAUAUUUCUUUCUUUAUGUAAUAAUGAAAAGCAAUAAUUACAAGUAUGUAAUAAUACACAAAGGCCAUAAUUAGUCUCUUCCAAUGUUUAGGAUGCACUAGAGAAUCGUAUAGUCAUUUGGAGUGUGUUUGGACCCAUUAGUAUGUACUGUAGUACCCUUCCAGCAAGCAAAUACCUGAAUUGCUACUAUUUAACAAUUUUAUGAGCCCAUACUACUGCAUUUCGGGAGUGACAAAUGUGUUUGGAAAUGGAAGCAGUUCUUUUUAAGCACUGUAUCAGAGAUCGUCUUGUACAUUUACCUGUUGCAAACAGGCCGGUUUGUAAAAGAUGUAUGUUUUGGUGUUUAAAAUGUUUAUAAAAUUGUAUAUAAAUGGUUCAAUUUCCCAGGCUUUUGUAGAUACUAUAUUUGAUGCCUAUCAGGAUGCUUUAAUUUGGAGGGUCAAAUAUAAGUCUAAGUCAUUCACGCUGUUGGUCUGCAAACUUUUGAGGUAACUAUACACACACAAAGAGGAUUUUAGAUUUGAAAAAUGAAUGAUGUUUUAUAAUCAUUUGGAAUCAUACUGUAACCUUUCUUUGGUUGUUUUCAUUUAACUUUGUUUUCAAGAAAAUGUUUUUAUUGACCUCUUUUGGAAGAUGAAUGUGUUUUUUGCCCAGUUAUCAAGUAGCUGAUUUGUAUGCCAUUUUAGAGUCAGAAUGAGGUGUAUCAUUUCUUCACACACAUGCACACUCACCUAAACUUGCACACACAUCACACACCAAACUUUAUGCAAAGGGGAAAGCUAACACUUGAAGUGAAUCUUGCCCUUAUGGAAAUGGAUUAUUCCUGCACAUAUUGCUAUUGGCAGUAUUCAGUCUUGUGUUCUUUUUCUUAAAAAAAAAAAAAAAA